UGACCUUAGCGCUGAAUUGAAGGCAACUCUUGUGGCCUUGAGAACAAACAUGCGUCGAAGGCUGUUGUCUGAAUCCCAGGUUGACAAAGAGUACUUCAAUUCCCUCAUCGAACAACAGAAGGUCGAUGACAUCACAAUCGGCGUAUUUUAUCGAUCUCGAACCUUGACAGUGCUGGCCAUAAUCUGGUUGUGCUUAGUAUAUGUUGCUUUCUCAAGACCUCCUUCACAACCUUUGGAGAAUAAUUUAUUCCAUGCAUUCAUCGCAGUUUGCGUUAUAUUUUUAUUGAUAUCGGUGAUGAUAAUGCCAAAUGGUCCUUUUACUCGACCACAUCCUGCUAUAUGGAGAAUUGUUUUUGGCGCUAGUUUAUUAUAUUUUUUGUGUUUAGUCGCUGUUGUAUUUCUUCGUUUGGAUGAAGCUCGUGCUAUUUUAAUUUGGGUCUAUCCUGAAUUAAAGCAUAUGCGUCAUUCUGAUAUUCUUGACAAGGAAUAUGCUGUUAACUGUAGUCAGGUAUCAUUGGCUCGAAUUUACUCUCAUAUGGAUAUUUUUGCAUUAGCACACUUUUUUGGUUGGCUUGUCAAGGCGAUUUUAUUAAGACAUCAUAUAAUUGCUUGGACUUUAUCAAUUAAUUGGGAGAUAACAGAGGUUGCUUUCUCGCAUAUUCUGCCAAAUUUUAGUGAAUGUUGGUGGGAUAGUCUUAUACUGGAUGUAUUAGUCUGUAAUGGUCUAGGCAUACAAUGUGGUAUGUGGUUAUGUCGAUGGUUAGAAAUGCGUGAUUACAAAUGGGAUUCUAUUCGUAAUAUACCAAGUGCACGUGGGAAAUUGAAACGUGCCUUUCUACAGUUUACACCACGCAGCUGGACACAUACGCGUUGGCUCCAUCCAGAUUCGUCUAUCCUACGUAGUUUUCUGCUUAGUCAAUUAAUAUUGGUCUGGCAAUUGACUGAACUGAAUUCAUUCUUUUUAAAGCAUAUAUUCAUUGUUAAGCCUAGUCAUGUCUUGACACAGUUACGUCUACUUUUGAUUACAUUCAUGUCAGCACCAGCUAUAAGACAAUACUACUUAUACGUUAUUGAUCCACAUAUCAAACGUGUUGGCUCUCAACUUUGGUUAUUUAUGGCAAUAGUGUUAACUGAAAGUUUAGUUUGCAUAAAACUUGGCAGUGAAAUUUUUGAGAAAACUGUUUUAUGGAAUUUAAUCUAUUGGUUUAUAUGGAUGGUGUUCAGUUCAUUUUUAACUGUAUGGCUUGGUCGAUAUUUAUCCAAUGAUAACAACAAUAAUGUCCCAUCGAAAUGGUUUCUAUCAUCUCAUGCAACAGACAAUGAUAUAAUCUCGUCAACUGGUGAUUCGAAAGUCAAUUCUGAGGUCAGUUUUUAUGUUGUAGUGAUAUUAUUCCUGGUAAUAACUGAUCGAUUGACAAGUUGUCAAUGCAUUGCACAGCUUUGCUUUAGGUAGUUUGCUGAGUGUGAUGCACAGUGUUGAGAUUUCUCUGUGUUAUCAUGGCUAGGAUGAUUGAUGACCUUAAACUUGAGGAAGUAGUAGUAAGCUGUAUGGAUCUGUCCAAUCUUGAUUAAAUAGCUUGCCUGCUUGUGUCUACGUGACUAUUAAAUACAUUUAACUGAAUUACAGAUAUAAUUAAACAUAUGAAAUGCAAUUGUGCACAUUGUUAUUUUAUCUGAAAUUCUUUAGAUGUGAGUGCGUGUUCCCUUUCGUCGAAAGUCAUGGAUGUGAAAUGUUGAAAUUGUGGUGAGUUCAUGGAUUGGCUGUACGAGUGAAGAAUAAAUGAUGAAGAAUGGCUUGAAAUUAUUCACACUAGUUCAUGAGAGGAAUACAUCUUAGCGUUAACGGGGUUAUAACUGAGAGAUUUGUGUCCGCUGUUCAAAGCACAAGCUUAUUGUUUGUUCUACUUACUCUAUGUAUGAAUGAAUAAUCGACAUUCGAACAAUAAUUAAUGUUGAGG